ACUUCCAUCACACACAUAGAGCCACUCCAACCGACCAUGCAUUUAAUACCUACACAUGCUACAUAGUGUAACCUGCCGCAGGUUUACUCAUUGUAUUUUUUUAAAGUCAGCAGAAUCACUGCUAAAUUCAUUGAACAGAAGAAGGAUUGGUCUAGUUUAUAAGAAAAACCGAACCCGAAAACCAUACAGAAGUUGUCAACCGGCUUACAACGCACAACCAUACACACAACAACAAGGAAAAUCCUUGCCUAAACCAUGCCAAGAUGGCGAGAGGUCAGGACACAGAGUCACAAGAACGCUUUACAACUGAAGCAAACAAACCAAACCCCAGGCAAGCACGCGUCAACGUACGGUCCAUCCAUGAUGCCGAAAAGAGAGAGGAGUGGACAACAUGACCUGACUGGACCUGAGGAAAGCGUCGUCGAAGAGAUGCCGCAUCAGUGUACAUUGCACCCUUGGGGCCCACACUCUAAGUGGAGGCCAACUCUAGCACCAAACACUAUAGUAGCACUCCGCGAGCAACCCGAACAGUGCCUCCAAGAAGGUAACGACGCAUAGCGCCGCCACUGCCUGAACCAGCUUGCUCGAUCUGGGGUUUCCCCUGUUGCACGGGAGGAGGAUGAUAAGGUCCUAGACAACACCUUUAAGAAGGUCACGGCGCCCGCAGGUGUCGCCGUCGUCCACAACAACAUCAUGCCCACAAUCCACACACAGACCAUUGAAAGCGAGCAACAAGACCAGACCACCGACGAGAGGCCAUCCUAUACCGCUGGCAGUGGGGAUGAUUGCCACCUCAAGCAACUCCCAGGACAGACCGGCGUGUGGCCAAUCCUACGGGUGGAUGCAACGCCCAUCGACGGUGCCAUUCGUCACCCGCGGGCCACCAUACCCUCACGCCAUCACCUGCCAUAGCACGCCGAGCUAGCCACAAACCUGAAGGAUGCAACGCCACCAGACGGUGGCGCCAUUCCACUCCGGCUCUCCCCACCGACCACCACCAUCUCGCAACCUCUCCUUCCUCGAGGCAGCACCACCACCAUCUGCGCCGGGAGCGCCCUGUCGAGCAGCGGCAAUGCUUGGUCAGCCCAGGACGAGCGACCCCGCUGAGCCCAGAUCAGGCCCAAACAAGUCGAGAUGCGCCGCCGUGUCCCACAUCCAGGGCGCCGUCACCGGUAGCGUGGUGCCGCAGCCCCUCCGCCUGCACGUGCCACACUCGCCGCAUCGUCAGCCUGCUCGCGUCGCGCCCGCCGCGAUCGUCGCAAGCUCGCGUCGCAGCCAUCGCCCGCGUGCACCACGCGUGCCGCGCCAUCUCGUCGCGCCCACUUGCCGGCGCGCACCGCGCCCCACGCCUCUCCCGGCCGAGCGCCCCCAUGCUUCCCAGGCCGUGCAAGAGGGAUAGAAGGAGGACCUCGCCGCUUGCCAGCGACGACGAAGGAGGGGAGAUCUAGGGGAGGGGACUGGUGUGGCAGCUAGGGUUUGCCUGGGUCGCCCACGGGGGAGGGCGACACGAGCGAGAGAGGCGAGACAGACCCAACCUGAAAAAUGGAAGCCUGGUUUACUCAUUGUAGACGACCAUCAUCACGACCAAUUUUUUUUUGUUAUAACCUUUAAGGGAAACAAAAUACGAAUCUGGCCUUGUUUUAUAAAAAAAAAA